GAGCAAAGCAAACACAAGCAGAACUUCGUCGCUGUCUCCGUCUCGCCGCCAGUCUGCACUGUAGUCGAGUCGGUCAAGUCUAUCACGUUACUUUUGUUUGUCAUUCAUAAUCUGUUGCUCUACUAAUUCGUUGCGGUAUGGCCGUUCGUGGUAAAGAAAAUGAAAACGGAGUUUACGAAUUUCCUUAUAUGGCAAAGCCCGUUUAUAGAACGAAAUGGGAGGCCUUUAAAAUAUUUAUGUGGAAUCCAAGUACUAAAGAAGCUUUAGGUAGAACUGGUCAAAGUUGGGCCAAGAUAUUACUGUUCUACGUCAUUUUUUACACCGGACUCUCUGCUCUCUUCGCAAUAUGCAUGACCGGCUUAUACGCAACUCUAAAUUACGACCGGCCAAAAUACGUCCACAACGAUAGCAUAAUAGGAAACAAUCCGGGAUUAGGGUUCAGACCGAUAGCCGAAGACGAAGGUGCUCUGAUAUGGUACAACUUGAAAGAUCAAACGAGAACUAUGUUUUGGGCCGAUUUGGUAACUGGUUUUUUAAACGGUUAUAAAAUUAACCGAACAGGACCGACCUCUAAAUUUUCACCCGAUUGCGAUUUUGAUCAACCACCUGUGGAGGGUUCGGCUUGUCCCGUAACUGUAUCCGAUUUUGGUCCGUGUUCUCCGCCGUUUUAUGGAUAUGAUUCUGUUUCACCUUGUGUGUUCUUGAAAUUAAAUAGAGUACUGAAUUGGGAGCCCAAUUAUUACAAUACUACCGAGGGAUUACCGGCAGAGAUGCCACCGACUCUUGUACAAAGAAUAAAAACUGCUAUAGCUAAAAAUGAAUCAAACCAAAUAUGGCUAAGCUGUGAAGGGGAAUAUGAUGCAGAUAAGGAGCACUUGCAUAACGCAACGUUUGGCUACUAUCCCCCUAGUGGCGGAUUUCCAUCUUACUAUUAUCCCUACAAUCACACGAAAAAUGAGUAUUUGAGUCCAAUAAUUGCUGUUCAUAUAAAAAACGCGCCAGGUGGAGUUAUGAUAAACAUUGAAUGUCGAGCGUGGGCUAAGAAUCUUGUUUAUGUCGGAGGUUCGCCUCACAAAAGGAAAGGGUCCGUCCACUUUGAACUUAUGCGAGAUGAUGUUUUAUAAAGCGUACUUGCAUUUUUAGACAAACCAGUUUUCCCUAUUAUUACUGUACUUAACUGUUUUGUCCAUUUAGUGUUGUCAUUUUUGUUCUUAUUAGUGGCUGUCUAUUAACAAUGGUGUCAAUAUUAAUAGCUGAAAAUCACGUACUUAGUUUUGUAAUAUUUGCCCAUAUGGACAACAAUUUCGUAAGUGUAUAUCAGUAUAUGUAAAUAUUUAUGUAGUAUUUAGUGAUUAGAAUUAUUUGUGCCUUCUGUAUUGUGCAGAAUUCUCCUAUAAGUGCUUCUUAUGAAUAUUGAAGAUCGCAUUAGAAAUAUUUUAAAUAGGAUUGUUGUGAUCUUGACAAAUAUAUUCUGGUUGCAUCUGUAUCUAUUAUUA